AUGCGGGUUGCUCGUACCCAUCCACCGCGGGUCUGCGGCAUUGGCACCCUACCGAGCACUUCCGCGGCCCUCCGUUGCGGGGCACGGUGUAUUCACCGCCACCACAGUCCUGACAGAAGUUACUCGCAGGAGAUUCAAGACCGCCAAAACGCCUUUCGGUGGUCGGCACAUCAUGUGUUUCGCCCGCACCAGCACUUCACGUACGAUCCUACUAGCUGGAGCCGCCCGUUGGAGGAAAAGGUGAAGAAGUCGCGCACCUUAUCGCUGGUGGAGCGGGUAAAGACGACGGCAGAGCACGUGGCGGAGCGUGCUGGCUACAUAGCGACUCUCGACGACGUCACUGACUGUCGCAUAUCAAAAGCACAAAAACUUGCGGAGCCCGCAUCCGAGAUCGACGUGCCAGACUACUUCUUCGCCGCGAGGGACGCCUCGACCCGGCUGCAGCCGGCCACCGUUUCAGUGAAUUCAUCCACGUCGUCGAGCGGGUGGACUGCGGUGAGUCUGCAGGAACUCAUAGAGGAGGUGCAGCGCCUCCAGAGCCUUCUACACAGUCCACGUUACACAGGAAACGCUUCCCUCCAGCGGCGCGCCCGUCAAGACGCUGACUUUCACACGACACUAUGGCAGCUCUACGAGCGCCUGCGCGAUGCCCGAGUGGGCGAGACGGUGACGCUAGAUGCUUGUGUCUUUGGUUGGUUUCUGCUGACACGGAACCUUGAGCCCCUCAUCGAGGCUGUGGCGCGUGCGCAUCCGCAAGAGGCAAACAAAGACUCGAGCGAGAGCAGCGACGAGGCAGCGGCAAUACGCGAUGUCUUCGCUGCCCUCCGCACGGUGGUGCUGCAGCCCAUGGCAGAGGGUAGAUGUCUCUUCAAGGCUGCCACGUCGGGGGAGUUGUCGUUGGAGGCACUCAUUGAAAUCCUGAGCAUCGCGACGCUGCCAUUUGUGCGACGGUGCGCCGAGGACGAUGUCCUUGAGAGCCAGACUCUUGUGCGCUACGCUGAGUGCAUCUCCGCUGCUGCCAGGCAGCGCGCACUCGACGUCGCUGCGGACCCCGACGCGGCUGAGCACGCAGCCGCGCAGGAGUGGCUUGACCCACCGCAUCUGGCUGCGUGGGCAACCUCGCUGAAGCGCCUGCAGGCGCAUGAGGUGCCGAUUCUCGGCACGGUCUCCGGCCUGGAGGUACAGGUGGAGCACGCAGCCGAUUACGUGACGCAGCUGCUCGAGACCAUCACGGGCGUGACGCCCGGCGGCCAUGUGAUUGCGAGCCUCUCUCGCCCCCAGCCCAGGACGCAGAAGGCGGCAUCUCAAAUGCGACAGGAUGCCGCACCGAAGCCUGUUUGCCUGGAUGCAACGGCGGCACCGCACGGCGUGCAGAACCCGCCGACGGAGAGCGGUGAUGCCGUCAACAUUCUUGUGGCGGCUACGGCUGUGCUGCACCUUUCUCAUCGCACUCCAGGCACGAGCGUGGCGCGGGAGGAGGGCGCGCGGCGCAUCGUUCGUGCAUGUUUGCGCAUGCUGACCCACACGCCGAAUUACGACCUCUGUCCCGACGAUGUGGUUGCGUGGGCGUCCGAGGUCCUUGAUGCAGAGCACCUGAUGCACAUGGAUGACCUCUACUGCGCCGCGCAUGGAGGUGGCGGGACGGCCGGAGGGAGCGGGACGGCGGCGCUGCGAUUUCUUCUGCUGCUCUCGCGACUGUCCUACGGCUCUGUUGUGCACCGUGGGGCGCUGGGGCGGAUGGUACUUUGCCUGUGCCGAUGGCCGGAGCCCGCGCACACGAGUUCCAAGGAGUCGAGCGAGUGGCGCCGCCUGCGCGGCGUAGUCAUGCGAGGAGCGCUGUGCGUCCUGCAAGUGCCUGACCUAGAGGCAGGGGCCGCGCAGCAGGCCAGCGAGGAGACAACAACGUGGCUUGAGGCGCUAGCGUUCGGCGAGUACGGCGGUGUCGUUCCCAUGACACUGUGGCGAGAUGCCGCUCUCUCGCUCUUUCCACACCUUUGCUACCACGCCGAGGGCAGCACAUCAGCUUCUUCCCCUUCCCCGCCGCGCGUGGGCUCUUCCGCGUCGCGUUGCCGUCCAGAGGAGGCGCAGGCUCUUUGCGUCUUAUGCUCUCGCUACGUGGCACGGGAGAAGACUGGUGUCUCGGCCCCCGCCAACCUUCGUAGUAUCUUCACGGCGCGGUGCAUUGCGGAGUGUCUAGCCGUCCUGCUCGGCAACCCGGCGUUGCCAGACGCGCUUCUGAGGUCGGCGGAUGCGUGGGAUGGCCUGUGUGCGUCGCUGCCCGAGUCGGUGAAGGUGGUGGCAACGUGCAUGCAGGAGGUGGUGCGCCUUGACGCGCCCCCACCCAAGGUGCUUUCUUUCUGA